UNAACUGCGAUAUUCACGGCGGAGUGUUCUCACACGUUUCAUUUCCCCUGCGUAGCUUCACGCACCGGUGAUCGGAAUCUACUCUCCGACUGCCCUGUUUGUGGUGCCUCCUGGAGAGAUACCUCACUUCUCCCUCCUCUGUUUCUCUCUUCUCCUCUCAACGAGCUUGACACUAAUACUCAGAAAUCCCCGAAAUCAGGAUCCGAAUCCGACUCCAGGAUCCGAGAAUCAAAACCCACCAACAAGUCCUUACGAGUCUACAACGACGACGAGCCUUUGGUUUCGUCUCCAAUCUCUCGUACCGGUGGUUUCAACACCAUACCGGAAUCAGACGAAAACGAAGACGACGACGAAGAAGAUAACGGAGAAUUCAAAGGGUUUUACGUUAACACGCCGUCACCGUUAACGCCGAAGACGGAUUCCGUUAAUGGACACGUGGACGUUAAGCUGUCUUCAGAAGCUGCAAUUGUGGCGGCUGGGAGAGGUUACGAGACUUACUCUGUUCUGAUGAAAAUCAAAUCUCCGACGUUACCGACGGUGGCGCGUAGAUCUCCGGUGGAUUUAGUAACGGUGUUAGACGUCAGCGGAGGGAGGAUUGAGACGGUGAAGCGAGCGAUGAGGCUGGUGAUCUCGUCUCUACGGGAAACGGAUCGUUUGUCGAUGGUCUCGUUCUCGUCUAGCUCGAAACGACUGUCUCCGUUACGGAGGAUGACGGCGAACGGAAGGAGAUUAGCUAGAAGAAUCGUCGACGAAAUCUCCGGCGACGGCGACGGGAUGAGCGUUAACGAUGCGGUUAAGAAAGCGGCUAAAGUGAUCGAAGAUCGCCGGCAGAAAAAUCUCUUCACCACCAUCUUCGUGUUAACGGACCGUAAAGCCCACCAUCAGGCCCAAUUAGCCCAGCAAGAUUUUGUGACGUGCACGCGCUUCUCUCACUUGGAAAUCCCGACGCACACUGUGUGGCUCGGCGCGUGUAACCAUGAUGACGUGUUUGCUAAACGGAUUAAGAGUCUGUUGAGUUUGUCUGUUCAGGAUCUUACUUUAAACCUCGGAUUAGUUUCCGGGUCGGGUCAAGGAGAGGUGACUUCAGUUUAUUCACUAACGGGUCGACCUGUUUGGCUUGGAUCCGGGUUGAUUCGGUUGGGUGACAUGUACUGCGAUGAAGAAAGAGAAGUGUUGGUGGAACUUAAAUCUCCUCCGUCUAAUAGAUCACAGAGAAUCAUGACCGUCCGAUCUCGCCACGUGGAUCCUACGACUCAGGAGAUCAGAAACUGUGAAGAUCGAGCGCUUACGAUACCGCGUCCCAUCGCCGUGAGAUCAUCGUCUAACUCGAACAUCCCAAGGUUGAGGAACCUUCACGUCAGCACACGAGCCAUAGCCGAGUCUCGGCGGCUGAUCGAAGUCAACGAUCACUCCGGGGCUGAGCGGAUGCUGACGUCAGCCAGAACCUUGUUGGUGCAAUACGGUUUGAGCUCGAGUGAGGCGAGCGUACGUGGUUUGGAAGCUGAGCUGGCAGAAUUGAACCGGUUGAGAGGUAGACACGUGGCGGUGAAGAGUCCAGAGCCGGUGGUUCAGAAGAGUGAGCCGCUUACACCGACGUCAGCGUGGAGAGCAGCUGAGAGAUUGGCUAAAGUGGCGAUCAUGAGGAAGCAUAUGAAUAGAGUCAGUGACCUCCAUGGAUUCGAAAAUGCUAGAUUUUAGUUUCUUUUUGUUUAUGGUUUUUUCUUCUUUUUUUUUCCCUUUUUUUAUGACGAAGUUUUGUAAUGGUGUGAUACAAAGAAAAAUACAAAAGUAUAUGAUAAAUGAAAUUUUAUGGAAA